AUCGGCUUCGUCGAGGAGUGCCCGCCGCUGGAGCUGUCCCGGCAGCUGUUCCCGAGCAAGGUGGGCGGGCGGCCCGCGUACGUGAACCCGGUGGACGUGCCGACGGAGAAGCAGCUGAAGUGCCUGUACACGCGCGAACCCCUGGACUUCCUGCUGCAGGUGUACGCCCCGGACGACGACGAGCCGACCGCGUUCCAUCGCGCGAUAUACGUCUUC